CUCUAAUCGUGACUGGCGCUUAAUAACACAACGACGACUGAAAUCUUCAUAAUAUAAUAUUGAGAAAAACACGUAAAGACGCAAAAUACAAUUUAUAGCGCAAUUGCAAACUCACACAUCAAGUGGAAUCUGAAUAGUGCAUUAGUUAAUACAUAUUUAUAUAUACAAUUUGCAAGCUCGUUGCCAAUUUUCAAUUUCAAUUAACGCCGCAGCAGUAGCAAAAUGGCCGGAGCUACACUCUUUGAACGUGCCCAGGCAUUGUCCAGUGUGAAUCGCGAGGAGGGCAUUUCCCUGCUGAAUAAAAUAGUGCGCGAACAGGAGGUGGCCGAGAACGAUGAGGAGCUUAUUCGCAUCAAAGAGCAGGGCAUUAUGCAGCUGGGUGAGCUCUACAAACAGGAGGGCAAGGCCAAAGAAUUGGCUGACUUGAUCAAGGUGACGCGACCGUUUUUGAGCUUGAUCAGCAAGGCAAAGGCCGCCAAACUUGUGCGCUCGCUGGUCGACAUGUUCCUCGAUAUGGAUGCUGGCACGGGCAUUGAAGUGCAACUUUGCAAAGACUGUAUUGAGUGGGCCAAGCAAGAGAAACGCACAUUUUUGCGUCAAUCUCUGGAGGCUCGUCUAAUUGCGCUCUACUUUGACACGGCCCUUUAUACUGAGGCUCUUGCACUGGGCUCCCAACUGCUGCGCGAACUCAAGAAGCUCGAUGAUAAAAAUCUGCUUGUGGAGGUGCAGCUGUUGGAGAGCAAAACAUACCAUGCACUUAGCAAUUUGCCCAAGGCACGCGCUGCAUUGACCUCAGCCCGCACCACGGCUAAUGCCAUAUACUGUCCACCCAAAGUGCAGGGAGCCCUUGAUCUUCAGUCGGGCAUUCUGCAUGCGGCCGAUGAGCGUGAUUUUAAAACCGCCUUCUCUUACUUCUAUGAGGCAUUUGAAGGUUUCGAUAGCGUAGACAGUGUCAAGGCGCUCACCGCUCUUAAAUACAUGUUGCUGUGCAAGAUUAUGCUGGGUCAGUCGGACGAUGUCAAUCAGAUAGUUAGUGGCAAGCUGGCCAUAACUUACUCCGGCCGUGAUGUGGACGCCAUGAAGGCAGUUGCAGAGGCUUCACACAAACGUUCGCUGGCCGAUUUUCAGCAGGCCUUAAAAGAUUACAAAAAGGAGCUUGCCGAGGAUGUUAUUGUGCAGGCACAUCUUGGUACACUGUACGACACUAUGCUAGAGCAGAAUCUAUGCCGUAUUAUUGAGCCAUAUUCGCGUGUGCAGGUUUCACAUGUGGCGGAGAGCAUUCAUCUGCCCAUGCCACAGGUUGAGAAGAAGCUAUCACAAAUGAUAUUGGAUAAAAAGUUUAGCGGAAUUUUGGAUCAAGGCGAAGGUGUGCUUAUUGUUUUUGAAGAGACGCCCGUGGAUAAGACCUAUGAGCGUGUGCUGGAAACCAUUCAGAGCAUGGGCAAGGUGGUGGAUACGCUGUAUCAGAAGGCCAAGAAACUGUCAUAAGUCCUGAGUUCGAAUACCCACUUACCUCCACAUCAAAACACGCCCACGCCACCAUUUCAAUGAAUAUCUGCAAGGAUUAGAACACAAUUUUUCGUAUUGGCUUUCCUCCUUUAUUUAGAAAUAUUCCCACAUCAAACAAGAGAUCAUAAACUUGGUUUAACUACAUUUUUGUAAGUUUCUGCAAAUAGGCCGUAUAAUUAACAGCAGCAAUAAAUAAAUAUUCACUGGUGGUAACGGCAACUACAAUAAUGUGUUAACCAUAAUAAAAUAUUUCUAAGCAUAAUUAUUCAAUAGCAACUGCGAGCGCGAUAUGAUAAACAAAAUUAUUCAAUUAAUAAAUAAAAUACUAAA